AUGCCUCCAGUUCGCUCUCGCGCUCACAAAAAGCCGCCUCCAGCGGGGUUUGAAGACAUAGAAGACACCCUGCUCGAAUACGCGAACAAGAUGCGCGACGCGCAAAACGCCUCGCACGAAGGAAAAAAGAAGCACGAGGCCCUGUGGCCUAUAUUCCAGAUCUCCCAUGCCCGCUCUCGAUACGUCUACGACCUAUACUACAAGAGAGAGGCCAUAUCGAAGCAGUUGUACGAGUGGCUAAUCAAGAACGGAUACGCGGACGGAGCAUUGAUCGCAAAGUGGAAGAAGCAGGGGUACGAGAAGUUGUGUUGUCUGCGGUGCGUGCAGACCAAGGAGACGAAUUUCCAGUCAACCUGCAUUUGUCGCGUGCCGAAGGCGACGUUGAAGAAGGACGGCGAGGCAGGCGAAGGAGGCGGUGGGAUCCAGUGUGUGAGUUGCGGGUGCAGAGGGUGUGCAAGCAGUGAUUGA